UCACAAGAAUACACAGUUACAGCUUGCUACUCUCCCACAAGUGCCAUGGCUACUUCUCUAACCAGCAUCAAUGGAGCUUCCCAAAUCCUUCUCCCAAUGCCAAAACCAAAACCAAAACCAAAACCAAAACCAACCCAAACAAAAGCACAACUCUUCCAAGAAUCUCCAUUGCAAUCACUCAACAACACCUUACAAACAUCUAGGAGAACAUCCAUUGGUCUCUCAGUAGCCAUUCUCUUCAACCAAGCUACUUCCAUGUCCUUGUUUGCUGAAGAGGAGAAUAAUGGUUUUUGGUUAACAGGCCCUUUACCUGUCCCUUCAGUCUCUAAUGAUAUAGCUAACAAGGGAGACAGGGACAAGAACUUUCAUUAAGAAAGGUGUUUAUAUGCCAAACAUUGGGGUGGAUGGAAGCAAGUAUAGACUGAGAAUGUGUGCAUUUGAUUUAUUAGCACUUGGGGACAUGCUUAGCCAAGAUACAUGGAACUAUUUCAGGAAAUACCUUUGCCUCAAGUCCACCACCAUGUAUUUUGACUUUGAUAAGGUCAUAACUGCAGCUUCUGAUGAUCAGAAACAACCUCUGUUGGACCUGGCAAACAAACUGUUUGAUAAUGUGGAAAAGCUUGAAGAUGCUGCAAAGCAGAAGAAAGCAGAAGCUGCAAAAGCAUUCUAUGCUGAUACUGAAGUGCUUCUCAAGGAUGUGAUGACCAGAAUGCAAAAGCCUGAGCCUGUAGGUUGAUGUAUGAGGAUUCAAACUAAACCAUUUUCAAUGAAAUUAUUAUCUUAGUUGCAACCACUAA